AUGAAUGGACUAUUACGACGUGGACACAUCUAUUUAAAUGAUCCAACAAUUAUUUAUCACGAACCUGUUGCAGUCAAUGGAAUUCAACAACAGCCAUCUGUAAUACCAUUUCAAUUUAUUCAACAGUCAGAUGUUCGUCAAGCACACACAUUACAACAGAGAACAACAUAUACAGAACAUCAAAUAAAUGAUUUAAUAUCAAAAUGUCGAGUAUUCUUAUUAACUUUACUUAAAUUAACUGAAAAACAAUCACGAGAAAAAUUACCCAUAGUUCGAUCUUGUAUUCAAGACCUUUUGGACGACACUAUAGAUCCUGACACAUUUGUUCAACGACUUCAAACACUGUAUACAACUCAGCCACAUUCAUCAAUCGUUCUAUUUUUUAAAUUAGCAUUACCACAUAUGCGUCAGAUUGUUAAAAAUACAUUCGGUCGUCCAAUAACUAUUGAAUUAAUAGAAAGACUUCGUUUACCAACAAAUAAGAGUAAAUGA